AUGGAACGACUUCAGGCGUAUAGAUUUGUUGCCUAUUCGGCUGUCACUUUUUCAGUGGUUGCUGUGGUUUCGGUGAGUUUGGAUAACUAUUUUAUUUUAUGGGGUGAUAUUAAAUAUAUCUAGCUAAAGUGAGGUUCCCAAAAAUGAAUUUUGGCUUCACAAAAAAGUGAAAUGAACUCAUUUUGCGAAAGAUUACUCAAAAAUCUAUCAUUUCCAGCUCUGCGUUACCAUCCCUAUGGUUUUCAACUACGUCAAUGAUGUCAAGGCUUCUUUAAACCAUGAGAUCAGAUACUGCAAACAUUCUGCUCGUGAUAUCUUCGCGGAAGUCAACCAUAUCCGUGCUUCACCAAAGAACUCUUCAAGACACGCUCGUCAAGCUGGAUAUGACUCAGAUUUCGGAAUCAGCGGAGGAUCAGCCACAUCAUUCCAACCACAAGCUCAACAAGGAGGAUCUUGCAAUAAUUGUUGUUUGCCAGGACCAGCUGGGCCAUCAGGAGCUCCAGGAAAGCCCGGAAGACCAGGACGACCAGGAGCAUCUGGACUUCCAGGAAAUCCAGGAAGACCACCAGCACAACUCUGCCACCCAACAACCAUUCCACCUUGCAAACCUUGCCCACAAGGACCACCAGGAGCUCCAGGAGCCCCAGGACCACAAGGAGAUGCUGGAGCUCCAGGACAACCAGGAAGACCAAUCGGAGGUGGUGCACCAGGACAACCUGGACGCAAGGGACCAUCUGGACAACCAGGACAACCAGGAAGACCAGGACCACCAGGUCAACCAGGACAAUCUGCUUUCGGGCAAUCUACCCCAGGAUUACCAGGACCAGCUGGACCACGUGGACCACCAGGACCAAACGGACAACCAGGAAGACCAGGACAACAAGGAACACCAGGAGCGCCAGGACCAAAGGGACCAUCGGGAGGAAAUGGACAACCAGGAUCUCCAGGAAAUCCAGGAGCCCCAGGACAACCAGGACAACCAGGAGGUUCUGGAGAAAAGGGAAUCUGUCCAAAAUACUGUGCCAUCGAUGGUGGAGUCUUCUUCGAGGAUGGAUCAAGAAGAAAGUAA